AUGGCCUCCCUCAUGCGCAGUCUAGUCAGGCCCGUCUGCCGGCCGAGCCUCCUUCGGCCCGUCGCUCCAGCCGUCCUGCGCACCUUUGCCUCCAAACUCGACCCCAUCCAGAUCGACUCCCAGAUCCAGCACGAUCUUGAAGUCGGCGAGCUCCAGGGCGCCAAGUUCAAGAUUGAGCCUCUGCGCCGCACGGGCGAAGAUGCGACCACCAUGCGAGCGCGGCUUCUCUACCAGUGCCGCAAGCGCGGAACCCUCGAGUCUGACCUGCUCCUCUCGACCUUUGCCGAUACGCAUCUACCGACCAUGAGCCACGCCCAGAUGCAGCAGUACGACCUCUUCCUCGACGAGAACGACUGGGACAUCUACUACUGGGCCACGCAGGACGAGUCGCCCGGUCCCGACACGACGCCCACAAAGCUGCGCCCUUCGACGUCCACGAACAAGGAGAAGGACCUCGACAGCGCCACGGUCGCCGGCAGCGAGUCCUACCGCGGCGUCAACCCGGGUGCUGCCAAGACCAUCGACGCCGGCACCAACGGCCACGCCGACACGCCCAAGCCCGCCGAGGACGUCCAGGUACGCGAGCAGGGCACAGGCGAGUGGGCGCAGACGGUGGGCACCUUCAAGCCCGCAUACCGCCCCGUGCCGGCGCGCUGGAAGGGCAGCGAGAUUCUCGACAUGCUGCGGGCGCACGUCCGCGCGAGGCGGGCCGGCGGCAAGGGCAUGGCUUUCAUGCCGCCGCUGUUCAACGUCGAGGCCCGCAAGGCUUGA